CGCACACAUUGACACACACAAACACACAGCAAACUCUCGUCACUUGUUUUUGUUUCCCGUCUCCCCAGCUGCUCUGACCCUUCCCUCCCCUCUGUCUUUUUUUCUCCGCUCUCCUCGGACCAUUCCAGCUUUCUCCUCUCCUCCCUUCGGUUGUGAGUGUGUUUUUUGGGUGCAGGAUGUGUUGUUCGGUGGGUUUUGCCAGGUCUCUGGGCCUGGCCCUGCUGCCUCUGGCCCUCUGCUGUAUCGUGGCCAACGUGCUGCUGUUGUUUCCUAUGGGAGAAACCACCUACCUUAAGCAGGACCGCCUGGCCAGCUACAUCUGGUACUUUGGUGGACUGGGAGGCGGAGGACUGAUGAUGCUGGUUCCAGCUGUGGUGUUCAUCUCUCUGGGGAAAUGUAGCUUCUGCUGGAAUGAGAGCUUAAUGAUGUGCGGCUCAGUGUUGGCAGCUGUGAUCGGACUGGUGGGGUCUUGCUACUGUUUGGUUAUAUCAGGGUUCACUUUGGUGCAGGGUCCCCAGUGCUUCACCUCUUUUGGAUGGUCUUACCCCUUUGCAGACCAGGGGGGCAGGUACCUCUUACAACCAGAGCUUUGGUCACGGUGUCUUCAGCCAGUCAACAUUGUGGAGUGGAACGUGACUCUGCUGUGUGUGCUGAUGGGUUUGGCUGUGCUGGAGUUCAUCAUAUGUCUCAUGCAGCUGGGGAGCGGUUUGGUCAACGCUGUCUGUCGGCCCUUUUGCUAUAAGCAGGAGUACAGUCUUAAUGCUUAGGUGAACACAUUUGUAUGUACACUCACUGGCAGAGACACAAGAGCAUGCGCACACAUAGACAGUCACACAUUCAACCUGUAUGCACACCUAUGGGACACUAAUGGGCACAUGCAUAUGUACAGCCUCUUUGCCUUAUGUGUGUGUUUGAAAGCAUUUUUACUUUGACACACAUGGAGCAACCACUAUGUCGCUAUGCUUUUAAUCAGUCUUUUUGGAGCGGGUGAAAUCCCUGUUCAGUCAUUGAUGAUAACUAAAACUAUUUCUGAGGCAAUAAGUUAUCAGUCCAUCAUAAUGUUGAUGUAUAUGUGUGUUUAUGUUGACUUGUGUGUCUUGAAUACUGCAUAAAAACUGAAAAAUGAUGCUAAAUCACGCUGUAACUGGUGAAAAGAGGCGAUGCAGACCAUCAUGUACAUAUCAAUGUAUAUAAUAAAAACAAAGUAGAGCAUCCUCAAAAAGAAUAAUAUCAAUAUUAGGUAUAAUGGAUUAUAGGUGUUAAAGUGUUGGGACAGUUGCGUGAAACAAACAAAAACUGUUGUUUCCUUUUUUAAAACCACAAAAACGUUAUUUUUUAAACUUAAUGACGACUUAUUGCCUACAUGGAUACAUACAGUGUUUGUAUUAUUCCUGCCAAGGUUGCUUACUUUCUUUAUGAUCAAUACUUACUGUGUAUACCUCGUUGACUUCAUAAAUCCAUCGACCACCCUGUCUUUUUUGUGCAUGAGCAGAUGAUACUGCACUUCAGAUUCACAUCAUUACUCUUGUAUAAUUCCUAUUAAAGCCACAUAUUUUUUACAGUAUUUAUGGUGUCAUUGCAAGAAGUAAUGCACAUUUCCAUUACAAUAGUGAUUACAAUGAUGCACCAGAAAGUGUCCUUCCUGUCAGGUUGAAGUCUUUUGGCUCAAAUAUUUAAACACUGGACCAACUGAGGAGCACAAGCAAAUGUAUGUUUGUUUAAAACCAUUGUCAUUGUCAGAGCUUUUUUUGUCAUAAUUUGUUUUUCUGAUGCCAGAUCAGCGUUGACAGACAUUUUAUAUAUAUUUUAGUGACAUAUUUUUAUAAUGUAUGUUAUUUGUUUGUGCUGUCUUGAAUAAAAAAAUAACUUUCCA